GAUGCGCUCCGGCAGUUUGUUCUCGGAGUCUCGACUGGUCGGAAGCAGGUUUUCGGUCUUGGUAGUCGCGUCGCGUCGGUGCGAGCAUAGCAAUACACUGAAAAGAGAGAAUUAGUGGGAGAGAGAGAGUGCGAAGGAGAAACGGCCAAACUGGGAACAAAAAUAUAGGAAAAGUGUGAUUUAGAAGUCGGUUUUAACGGGCUAGCGGGACGUUUUGCGAGUGGAAGCUGCUGAAUAUUGGUGGAUUAGAGGGGAAAUUUCACCUUUACCGUGGAAUCGCGGUGAAAAUCGGACCGGAAGUGCCUGGAAAAUGUGAUUUAUUGACACGGUUGGUACGGAUUUGUGCGCGGCGAGCAGUGCUCCAAUCAGUAGACAAAACACUACCACACUGACAGCUGCCAGGCUGCACAGGGUUGAACGGCUGGCCUGCUGCGAUGAGCACGGCACAGCCCUGGGUACGAACGAGCACGAUCCCCGCACGGUACAGCCCUGCUUUCCGAGGAACAGCUCUACCAACACCGCUGUCUUUGCGCGCAAUGUCCGUGUAUUGGGUGUCGUAUAGCUGUAAAUGCGCGCGCGACAUAUUGUAGUGUUCGGUCGCUCCGUUUUCGGGGUGGGUAAUGAGAUGAGUGUGUUUAUAUAAGUACAAAAACAUAAAAAUAAAUCCAAUGAAAACUGAAAAUAAUUCUAAAGUGCGGAGACACAUUUCCAACAUGAGUUAUAAUCGAGAAAUUCCUUCGAUUCGGUCGAGGAGCCGAGUACGGUCGUGCGAGGAAAAUAAAACAAGCAAUUAAUUUCGGCUGACUUGCGCUCGGAGGGAAAAUACGGGAAGUCAGAGAAGCCCCCCUCCUCCCAAACCAGAAGCGGGAGGGAAAAUCUAGACGGAAAACCCGGGGGGAGAAACGCCAUCAAACCAGAGAGACAGUUUCGUCGUCGUCGUUGCAGAUUAGUGUAAAUAUCAGCACGACGAGAUUAAAAAUAAAAUGCCCAGAUUAAUUGCUGUCGUCGGCGGCGGCAUUUGGAUGCUGCUGCUACUGGCUGUGGUUCUGCCGCGAAUCAACGGCCAGCCGGAUGCCGGGGACGGCAACUGUCCCCGGCUGUGCUCCUGUCUGGGCGAUGUCAUCGACUGCUCCGAGAAGGCCCUGGACGCGCUGUUCCACAUUCCGAGUUGGGUUGGCAAUCUUGACUUAUCGACGAAUCGACUCGGCCACGACGCAGUACAGUCGCAGGUGUCGAACCUCAACAAACUACAAAUUCUGAACAUCAACCACAACAACCUUGGUCGGAUACCGCGGCUGGCCGGUAUGACCAACCUGGUCCGGCUGCUGCUCGCCAACAACGGGAUCGAAGCUCUCGAGGUCGACGCGUUGACACCGCUGACCACGCUGCGCUUUCUGGAUCUCUCGCGGAACAACAUCAAGGAGAUCGGGUUCGGGUCGUUUCCGGCCAAGAACAGCCUGCAGUAUCUGAACCUGAACUUUAACAAGCUGACCGCACUGACAAAGGGGACGUUCCAGCGGUUACCGCUACUCAAAAGAUUAGAAAUCAACAGCAACCUGUUGGAGGAGGUUCAGAGUUUGACGUUCCAGAACUUGAACCAACUGAAGAGUCUUAAAAUGAACAACAAUAAGAUCACCAGCCUCAUGGACGGAGUGUUCCACGGCUUGACCACGAUCUCCAUGCUGGAACUGAACAACAACAGCAUUACGAGCAUCCGCAAAGGAGGACUCUUCAACCUGACGAGCCUCACCAGCCUGGCUCUGUCCAAGAACGCCAUCACCGAAAUCGAGCAGGACGGCUGGGAAUUCUCUCCGCGACUAGUCACACUCGAUCUGUCUUUUAACCGGCUCGAGUCCAUCGACAAGUACACCUUCGAGGAGCUAUCUCAGCUGCGGGCGUUGAACCUCGAGGGGAACCAAAUCUCGGCGGUCGGCGAGGGAACGUUCAACAACACCAAAAACCUGGAAGUGCUGAACCUCGGCCAGAACAAGAUCUCCUGGACGAUCGAGGACAUGAAGGGCCCGUUCUUCGGGCUGUCGAAGCUGGAGAAGCUGUUUCUGAACGCGAACGAGGUCAAGUCGGUCAGCAGGAACGCGUUCAUCGGGCUGAAGUCGCUCACGCUGCUCGAAUUGAGUCAGAACAACAUCUCGUCGAUUCAGAACAACGCGUUUAAGGAUACGAUCCGGUUGAACAACCUCAUCAUGAACUCAACGAAUCUGUUGUGCGACUGCAACUUGGGUUGGUUCUACCACUGGAUCAAGGACCGGAAGGACGUGUUCCAGCUGGAAGCGGAGUGCAGCUACCCGAUCUGGCUUCGAGGUCACCUCAUCCGCGACUUAAGUGCUUCAAACUUUUCUUGCUACGACUCGCCGAAACCGCACCUGAUCGAGGAACCCAAGUCGCAGCUCGGUAUCCGCGGAACGAACGUAAGCCUGAUCUGCAAGGCCACCUCGACGGCGUCGGACGCGAUGUCCUUCAAGUGGAAGCUGGACAACCACGAGCUGCCGGAAGCGGCGUACACGGUCAACCAGCUGAACAACGCCAACGGGACGGUCGGCACGACCGAGCUCGUCAUUCCGUACAUCCAGGGGAACGGCGCCGGCAAGUACCAGUGCAUCAUCUCGAACAACUACGGCGUGGUGUACUCGCAAAAGAUCAAGAUCACGGUGGCGACGUAUCCGUACUUUAAGAAGACGCCGAAUGACAUUAGCGUGCAGUCGGGACGGGACGCCCGGUUGGACUGCUCGGCGAUGGGAGAUCCGAAGCCGCAGAUCGCUUGGGAAAAGGACGGUGGGAAUGAUUUCCCGGCGGCUAAGGAUCGGCGGAUGCACGUCAUGCCGGAUGAGGAUGCGUUCUUCAUCAAGAAUGCACAGCUGGUUGACAUGGGAGUUUAUACGUGCACGGCGGAGAGUCCUGCGGGGGUGAUUCGGGCGAGUGCGCUGUUGGUGGUAUUUGAGUCACCGACGUUGCAGAAACGGCUGGAAUCGAAGACUUCGGAGCUGGGCAAGUCGAGCGUGCUGGAGUGUAUGGCUUCCGGGUAUCCGAAACCAAUCAUUAGCUGGUUCAAGGACGGAGAGCCGAUUGAGGUGACCGAGAGGCACUUCUUCACCGUGGAAGGGCAGUUGUUGAUCAUCGUGGAGACGGAGUACGAAGAUGCGGGCGAGUACGAGUGCAUGUUGGAGAAUGAGUAUGGAAGUGUGCGAGGUUCGAUGAAGCUGACGGUUGUUGAGGGUCCUGAAAUGAUACACGAGGUGAACACGAUCGCGCCUAGUGAAGGAUCGGUCAGUGGUCACAUCUUGAAUGAUCGGGAUAUUGUGGUCAUCAUCAUGAUCACGAUCAUUUGCUGUGCCAUUUUGACGUCGCUGAUUUGGUUGGUGGUGAUGCAUCGGUUCAAGAAGCAUGGUGGAGGUCGUCGAUCCGAUCACAGCGGAAUGGACGGCGGAGACAUGGACAUGAACGCCAACAUGGAGGUGAAUCAACAGAACUUGAUCGUUCGCAGUGGGGUUGGGAUCUCAACUACUCCGGCGGGUUAUUUCGAGUUUUUGAUCCCGAUGGUUCAGAACGAAGCCACUACCAAUGUGGACGACGACGAGCACAGUCACCUUACCAAUCGCUGCUACUACACAGUCGUUCCGAAGGUCCCGCCCAAGGUCCGCCGCAACGGUGGAGAAUCGGACUUGGACGAUGACCUGUCGUCGAAAGAUUCCGGAACGGGUGGUGAUUGUGGCUCCGCCACAGGUUCCACAAACGCGCACCGCGGCAGCCAGGAUGAUCUCAAGUGCAUGUUCCAAACGUUGAACCGCAAAACCGCCGAACUGGAAGAACCCUACCCGUACGACGAACACGAUCCCGACUCGAACCCGCGGCUGGAGCCACCACCCGCGAUUCCACCGAUCAACGCCACGACCGCCAUCCUGGUCAACGCGGACCCCGAACAGGUCGUCUUCAGCGAUGACCUCCCACCGCCCAUAAUCUCCCGGAUGGCCACGUCCCAGACGUUCCCCACCUUUGUCCAUCCCUCCUCGUCGGGUCCGUCUAGCUCGCUGGUUGCGUCCUCGAUGGAAGCGGCGGUCAGCACGCAGCCCAACCAGGUGCAGGUCAACAAACUGUACCAGCUGCUCAUCGAGAACCCGCGGCUGCUGGAGAAGCCGGUCAAGUACCGGUGCAAGUCGGCCGAGGGAGACACGCUGCAGCAGGAGGAGGGACUGGUCAGCAGUUCCGGACUGGGGAGCAGCGGAAGCAGCACGGUGAAUAGGGGCGAGCUGGGCGACAGCAAAGGAACCAUUUUCGUCGUAGGUGGUGGAAAGGCCACGUGUCCCGACAGAGUCCAAAUCGAGUGCGUGUUAUUGUGUUUGUCCUAGAAAUCUCACAGACACGCAGACAAGUUUGCAACCAUAUUAUUCGUUUGUGUUUGAGUGGCAAGUUUUACGAAAGUCGACACACGGCAAAUUAUACAUAGUAUUUUGCGUUUGUUUAUGCAACAGUUAGGGUCGUGUAGCGAAUCGAGUAUGAAGUUUUACAGAAAAAUGACAUUUUAUUAUUGUAGAGAUAUUUUGCUCGCGAAUUGCGCGAACUGAUUAGUAAAUUAGCGAUAUUACGUUGCCCGGAAAUUUGACCAGAAAAAUUUAAUCGAUAAUCGAUUGUCAAGUGGAUUGCAAAAAGUGUGACUUAGUUUAUAUGGUUAAAAAUAUACAUUGUAUGACAAACGGAAGGUAGCAAAGCAAACUAAACGCAAACCGAGAUAGCCUUACGGAAAAGGACUGAAAUUGAUUGAUUUCGCGUGUGCCUAUUUAUAUUAAAUAUACAUAAGUUUUGCGACGGACGGAGCAACUUUAAAUCAGCUUAAUCGAGUGCACUUUCCCCUUAACACUAAGCAGCAAGUCGGAAAUCAAACCCCAAAUCCACCUGCCACUAAACAAAAUUAAAACUUACACAAACACACACUCUGCACUAAGAUUAGACAUGUAAGUGAAGCGAAUUGACACUGUGAUUUUGUUUUCUUGUUUUUAUUCGUAGUCGUUAAGCUUGUUUUAUUUUAUUAUUUAACAUAAAAAGAAAGAAAAAGAUAGAAAACUGCUUCUUAUACUUUUAUUCGGCAGAUUAAUUGUUAUUUUCGUUUCGGCGGACAGCAAGUAGUGGAGUAAAAAUCAAAAGCCCAAUAACAUAAAUUUGCGUGAAAUGCGAGAAGAGCGUGCAUAACAAGUCUGACAACGUGCAGACAAAAUUGCGCUAUUUUUUCACUUUCGAAACAAAUGGUCAGACGAUGAGUAAUAAGGAUAACAAUAAACCAUUUGCAAGUCACAACACACACACGCGAUGACGGUGAAAGUUUUAAAAUAAAACAAUUUGUUUGCUUUCACCAGAUGGGAAUGGUUUAGAAAGGAGAGAAAAAUGUUUGCAGGUUUGCAGCGUCUUGCGUUAAAAAUAAGUAACAAAACUCGCAUUUUCCCCCCUUCAGAGGCUUGGCUCAAACCAAAGAGAUUUCUCAUUUUCAUUAACGACUGAUGAAUUGAUGACGUUGUUGAUGCUGCGACUUACAAACAUUUCUCUCUUCAGAUAAUUAAGUUACUUUACAUCAAUGCUUUUUUUUGUUUAUUGGGCUUUACUUGAUGGUUCCUUAAUAAAUUUGUAAAAAAUGUGGUCCACUAAUGACAAAUAAAUAGUUGGAUUUGUUAAAAUGAUAAAGCAAAGUGCCGUAAUAUGUUAAGAAUUGGUUGACUGAAACAGAAAAAAAAAUCAGAAAAAAGUUGCCUUAUGCUUCGCAUACACAGUUAAAAACUCACCCACAAAAACACACACACACACACUUUUUAGAACAUCAGCAUCACUUUAAAAAAAAAAUAAAACAGAUCAGUAUUCACAAUCUACUUACACUAAAGGAACAAGAAAAUCAAAGAUUAAAACUAAACAAAAAUAAAAUAGCUCGCAUCAAAAGUGUAUUAAGUUUACCGCCUCUUCUGUCGAUUUAGUAAUUUAUUUUUUUCCACUAGCAAAACAACAGUAAAGCGAACAAACCAGUAUAAAGAAAUACCACACAUUUCUAACAUAGUUGAACCAAUAAAGUCACAAUUGAAUUGCAACACAAAAGUUUAAACAAAUCAAACAGGACUAUUUCAAAAGUAAUCUAUACGAUGUUAGAGUAAUGACACACAAACAAACACACAGCUAAUUUAUUGAAAACAAAGUUUUACACCGCGUCUACAAUUACAAUGUAAUACCCAAUACUAGUUAAGCAAAGUGACAGAAAACAUAAAUUAUUGUAAAUAUUUUACUAUAUUUGUACAAAACACAGAAUAAAAGAACAAAGAACCUAAUACAAGACGCCGGUUUGGCGCUGGAUUACUAUAACAAUAAAAAAACAUUACUAAAUUAUCUGAACAAAAAAAAA